GCGGGGGCGGGAUCGCGGCAGCGGCGUUUGGGCGGUCCGGUCGUGUGCAGUGUGAAUGUGGCAGCCGCAGGGAGGGGCGCGCUGUUUAUUUCAUUAUUAAAAGUGAUUUCUGACUGAAGUUAAAAGUGAUUUAUAACGGAGGAUAUAUAUCGGCUCCUCAGCGCGACGCGCGCCGCUCCUGUCCGCGCUCUUUGUGCCGUUUCGUCGCGGGGACGGAGAGGAUCAUGGGGCCAUAAAAUGUUGGAAUAAUCGCUCAAAAGACUAUUUUCCUGGACAUAUUUAUAUUUAUUUAUUCUUUUGCUUCGUGGAUGAAUGAAACGUCCCGUCAGGAUGGAGCAGGUGAAUAUCCUGAAGAGCUUCAUUGAAGCCUUGAGAAGCGGCGAGCAGAAAGGAGAAGAUAACUUCAGCUCGGACUUCAUGAGAUUACGUCGAUUAUCAACCAAAUAUAGAACAGAGAAGAUCUACCCCACUAAUGUUGGAGAGCAGGAGGAAAACGUGAAGAAAAACCGAUAUAAAGACAUUCUGCCAUUCGACCACAGUCGUGUGAAGGUGACGUUAAAAACAUCCAACCAGGACACUGACUACAUCAAUGCAAACUUCAUCAAGGGCAUUGGCAGGCCGGAGGCCUACAUCGCCACUCAGGGGCCGCUGCCCAACACCGUGCUGGACUUCUGGAGGAUGAUCUGGGAGUACAAGGUCACGGUCAUCGUGAUGGCGUGUCGAGAGUUUGAGAUGGGGCGGAAAAAGUGUGAGCGUUACUUCCCGCUGUUUGGAGAUGAGCAUGUGACCUUCGGCCCCUUCAAGAUCUCCUGUGAGUCUGAGCAGCCGCGGACGGAUUAUUUCAUCCGCACGCUCACAGUGGAGUUUGAUCAUGAAACCCGGCGAGUGACGCAGUUCCAUUACGUGAACUGGCCCGAUCACGACGUCCCAUCAUCCUUCGAUUCCAUACUGGACAUGAUCGCUCUGAUGAGGGAGUAUCAGGAGCACGACGACGUUCCCAUCUGUGUCCACUGCAGUGCUGGCUGUGGACGCACAGGAGCCAUCUGUGCAAUCGACUACACGUGGAACCUCCUGAAAGCUGGGAGAAUUCCUGAAGAUUUUAACGUUUUCCAGCUGAUUCAGGAGAUGAGGACACAGCGGCAUUCAGCAGUUCAGACCAAAGAGCAGUACGAGCUGGUUCAUCGAGCGAUUGCACAGCUCUUUGAGAAACAGCUGAAGCUUUUGGAGAGUCCAACAAACUCUGAGCUCACAGACGGGAUGGAAGAGGGCAGCCCGGAAAAACCCGGUCAGAAUUCAGAUGAGGAGAGAUGGGACACGCCCCCUCCCAAACCGCCCCGCAUCCGCAGUAAUCAGGCCGAGGGCGACGUGAAGGAGGAGAUUCUCCAGCCUCCAGAGCCGCGCCCCGUUCCGCCCAUCCUCACGCCGUCUCCGCCCUCGGCCUUCCCUACGGUCACAAACGCACGGCAGGACAACGACCGCUACCAUCCCAAACCCAUCCUGCACGUGCUGGCGUCGGACCAGAACCCCGACCUCAACGAGAACUACAGCAAACCGGGGCAGGACGGGCUGGAGCGCCGGCUGGAGCGCAAGCUGAGCAUCGAGAUCAAGAAGGUUCCGCUGCAGGAGGGGCCUCGCAGCUUCGAGGGGAACAGCGCACUGCAGCGCUCGCACGCCUUCAAGCGCUCCAACACCAGCUCCAUGUGUGAGGAGAGCGCCGAGCCUCCGCGACCCAACCACCUGCCGCUGAGGGAGGAGAAGGGUCAGUCCGAGCCCAGCCCUGACCGCUCGCCCGGCCGGACGGCGCUGAGCUUCACCAACCCGCUGCACUCCGACUUCCCGGACGCUCUCUCCUCGAUAAGCAGCACGGCUUCAGCGGCGCAGCAGAGCGAUCACACCCCCCGCAGGGUCACACCGAUGUCCAUCGCCGGCCAGAGCCUCACCACACACACCUCAUCAAACUGUGACGACAGUGAAGAUUGGCCCCCGCCUGUUCCCGAGCGAACCGCUGAGUCCUUCCUAAUGGCCACAGACCCCGCAGAUGUGAAGCCGCCGCCGGCCGAAGCGUCUUCAGACGAGCCGUCAUCACAGGCGUCUGCAGACACACAAGCUCCUGCUAGUCCUCCAAAGACCGAUGCCGAGCAGAAGAACGGAAAGGCUCCAGAUUCUCCUCUGAAGGACAGCAGAGCAGAGACGGAGAUCGGAUUCGGCAGCCGCUGCUCGCAUCCCAAAGGCCCCCGGGAGCCUCCGUCGGAGUGGACGUGACCACGGCACCCAUCAGCUCCACACUCCACGCUCCUCUUUCUUCUACAUGUGCCACUGUAGACGGACGGCGCCUCUUCUCUAACACAAUCAGUAAAGCUACAAAGAUAAUCUCCCAUGAUGCACCUCGCUGCCAUGGACUCACUGCGCUGGUGCUGAGCGUCUCUCCGGGAUCAGAACCUGCCUUACUCCUGCUGCGUGGCUGGACCCGUUCUUCUGCAAUAGUUUAGACUGGGAUCCGACGACGCGGGCCGGAGUUCACAGGGCGAGCCGUAAAUGAUGAUGAUGCAAAUGUACUAUCACUGAAUAUAUUAAUGCGAUGUGAGACGUCUGUGCAUGAAAGCGUCUGGUGUACCUCAACUGUAAGUUAUUUGCCCUCCUGUUAGAACAAACGUUUUCAGGGCUGUGUUUUCUUUUCUCUCCGUUUCUUUGCGUUCGUCAGCCGGCGCGUAUCGCCGCUUCACGAGACGCCGCGGGCUGGAGAUUGUAUUGAUGAUGCUUUUUGUAAAUUGUAUUCUAGAGGUUAUUUUUGUAUAUGCCAUUUUCUCACUUCACGAACGACUCCCGACAGCUCGCCCGUGCCUUUUUUUACUGUGUGUGUGUGUGUUUGAGACGCAGAGAGAGAAUGUGUGCGAGUUGCACAACAUCGCAUUUAAACCUCUGGGAUUUUACUCGACCUUCCAACACAGACCUGUCAAUCAAUCAAUCAAUGUCAGUAAAACAUUAGGAGGAAA